CGCCACUCUGCACCAAUCAGCGCUCGAAUUUCGUAUCACGUGAUACCAAUAAGUGGGCUGGGCAUCUAAACAAAAACAAAAAGCCGCUGCAAAAAGCAGAGGAAAAUGAAGAAUUGAAAAUUCUCUUUGAUGAUCAGCAACGUUUAAAAUGCCACAGCAUCCAGAGGUAGCCAGCUCACUUUUGAGACUCUUCACAGAGCUGUUAUCAUUUUUCAAAGAUGUUGGAUAUCUGGGCACUUAUUCACUCACCUUUGCCCACGGCGACAACAUUUCCCAAGGGACAGGGUGGUACGAUGAUGUUUCAAAACAGAAAUUCCAUAGCAUUAUGCUGGACAUCAAGGUUCUCAUACAAGACUGGGAGCAAAGUUGUUUGGAAAAGGAAAUUCACAAACUUGUGAGCUCAAAAGAAACGUCUCCUGCACCUCCAGAAGACGAUUUUCACUUAGACGAUGACUUUGAAGAAGAGGAGAUUGAGAAAGAGAGCAAGGUGGAGACAACUCUGCUGAAGCAAGCAGUUUUUCCUGAAAUCUGCAAUAAGUUGGAAGAGUUCGAGGAAAAGCCUUCAAGAUUCGAAUGCGAGCAGUGCCAAAAGACGUUUACGACUAAAGCUCAUUUGCGGAGACACAUUCAAGCCCACUCAGGUCGUCGAAUGUUUCAAUGUGAUUUGUGUAGCAAAUGCUACGCAGCCAAACAAGGGUUGAUGGCGCACCUGUUGCGAGAGCACAAUUUAAGCACUGGAGAUUCGCAUUCCUGUGAUAUCUGUGGAAAAUCUUUUGCUUUUCGAGCAGCUCUGACAAAACACAAUCUCAGCCACGGAAACAACAAGCAUUUCUUCUGCAGCAUUUGCCACAAAGGCUUCACACAAAAGGUUCACAGAGACGCUCAUUUUGCUCUCCAUACUGGAGCAUUGCCAUUUACUUGCCCUCACUGCCAAAAGAAAUUCGCCCUCAUGUCCAAACUGAACAAACACAUAGUCAUUCACGAAGAGCCCAAAUUCGAGUGCAGUAUCUGUAAUAAAAAAUUUGCACGAAACUUCAGCCUCCAACAGCAUCUGAAGCUGCAUGAAAAUAAUAAACCGUUCAGUUGCAACACCUGCGGAAAGUCUUUCAUCACAAAAUAUAAAUUGGACAUCCACCAGCAGAACCAUAUCGUUGGUCUAAAACAUAUGUGCGACAUUUGUGGGUCGCAAUUCCGGCAGAGGACAACUUUAGUUUUGCACAUUCGGAGGCACACAAAGGAAGGUCUGCACACGUGCAACAUUUGCCAGAAAACAUAUGUGAAGCAGUAUGACCUGCAGAGGCACAUGCUCAGCCAUUCAUUUUCAAGAGACUUUUUGUGCGACGCCUGCGGCAAAGACUUCAAGAGCCCUUGGGACCUAAAAGAACAUAGACUUAAAGUUCAUCUCGGAUUUGAAACAGCUAAGAAAAAGAAGACUGGCAUGAAGCUAUACUCAUGCAAGUUUUGCCCGAAGCAAUUUAAAACAACCAGUAGACUUUCUACUCACAAACGACAACACUUAGAAGAACCAAGAUUUUGUUGUCAGACGUGUGGCAAACGAUUCCAUCGAUCGGAUGUGUACAAACAGCACCUAUUUCUUCAUACCGGGACCAGGCCUUAUCAUUGUGACAAAUGUGACAAAACGUUUGCCUCCAGUACAACCUUCAAGGCACACAUGUUGGUGCACAACACGAAUGCAGCUCUACUUGCUUGUGAUAUUUGCCAUAAAACAUACCGUCGUCGAAACUCUCUCAACGCUCACAUGAAAAAACAUUCAUCAAAUGAAACAGCCAGCUUCAGGUGCCAUAUCUGCCAAAUGCAGUUCGAAUCAAAGAUUAGUCUUGGCAGCCACCUGAAAGAUCAUGUUGAGGACAAACCGUUCCCUUGCUUACUAUGCAAUAAGAGGUACAAAACAAAAAAGCAUCUAAAAGAGCACUCGCGGAAAGCACACCAAGACGAGCCAGCAGUCAUCACAGCCCCCAUGCCUGAAAUCCAAGUCGAUCUUGGGCUGGAAGCAAAUUUCGAGACCGCUGCUUUUGGUCUCAGUCAGCAAAACCAGUUUGUUGGUGCUGAGGAAAUGCAGACCUUCAGCCCAAUUCAAGAUCUGGAAACCCUUCGCAUCCUUCAACAAUUGACUGAGGGUGAAGCUGCUCCUGCCAGUCCAAACCCGCCUCCCUCAAACGAGCAGAACUUCCUGCUGCAGUGCGUCGAAGAGACAAUUUUGGCCGACGCACCAAACUUGCUUGCGGAUCUAUCAAAUUCCCUUGCGACGUUGCCCACUGAUGGAAACUUAUUGUGAAAUUUAAAUGAUCUCAAGAGUGGGAAAGUUAAUGUAUUUAUUUUUUUUUCUCCUAGACAAAAUAAUACUUCCUUAAAUAAAAAAAACUGAUUUCUUGAUCAUUGUAUACAGCAGAUAA